AUGCACUAUACGGUCCCUGCAAUGGAGGUUGACUUGCUGGAAGCCCGGCAGAUUUUCGAGACGAACUUCUUCGCGGUGAUAUUGAUGUGUCAAACAUUUCUACUGCUGCUCCUGCGAGCCAAGGGGACAAUUGUGCAAAUUGGAUCAGUAUCUGGGGUGAUGCCAUACGUCUUUGGUUCCGUUUACAACGCAUCCAAAGCAGCUUUACAUUCAUUGAGCGACACUAUGCGUAUCGAACUGGCUCCAUUUGGAGUUAAAGUCACCACAGUCAUUACAGGAGGUGUCCAGUCGCGAAUUGCUCGGGAGGAUCGCCAACUGGCGCCAGAUUCCCUUUAUAAUGGCAUAUUGCCGGAGUACAAUCGCCGCGUUCAACACAGUCAGGAAGGUGCAAUGAGCCGCGAUGCUUACGCGAAGAGUGUCGUUGAGCACAUAGUCCGAUAUUCCUGUUCGCGAUCGUCCAAGAAAUGGCUGUGGGAAGGAAAUAAGAGCAAGUUGAUACAGUUCCUCGUUGGGGGGUGGCUUUGGUUUGGUCUUUUUGAUUGGAUGUUUUCGCGUAUGUUUCAUUUGAAGAAGUUGAAGAGGGAUUGA